CUCUCUUGACCUGCAGUUCUCUGUCAGACUCCCAGCAGAAACGAGUCUGAAGCUGCAAUAUGAAGUUCACAAAAUCAGCGCCCAGAGAUAAUGCUUCUUUAGUGGAUGACAACAUUUAUGAUGAUGUCAUCGUCUCAAAACAACAAGAUAAUGCAGUGGCUGAUGACAUUUAUGAUGAUGUCAUGGUUACAAAACAACAAGAUGUUUCUUCAAUCACUGACAACAGCUGCACUGAAGACCAGCUUUCAAAGCAGAAAGCAAAUCUGCAGCAACCUGGACGGGACAGGAAGUCCAAAAUAUCUCCAGAACACGCCGUCCUGCUGGUUCUCAUCACUCUCUUGGUCGUUGUAGUCUUUGCUCUGAGCAUUACUGUUUUUUAUCUGAUGAAAAAUGAAAGAUGCCAAACCCUGAAGGAGGAUCUGGAGUCACUGAAGACGAUUAUUUUAGAUGAGACAUGCCCAAAGUGUGAAGCCGCCUGGGAGCGAUACAGAGGAAGCUGUUAUUAUUUCUCCAGCACUAAAUCCUCCUGGAAUGAGAGCAGACAGUCCUGCGAUGAUCUGGGAUCAGACCUGGUGAAAAUCGACAGCAGAGAGGAGCAGAUGUUCCUGGAGAUCAGACUGAGGGACAUAAUCGAGAAUAAUGAAACGUUCUGGAUCGGACUGAGCGACUCAAAGACAGAAGGCUCCUGGUUGUGGCCAGACGGAUCGCCACUGAACACAAGUUUGAGCUUCUGGGCUCCUGGACAGCCUGGUGCUUUGGGUGGAGCAGAGAUGGACUGUGUGAUGAUGAUGAAGACAGGAAACCCUGAUAAGGUCCGCUGGUAUGAUAGACAUUGUGAUGAUCAUCAGAGAUGUAUCUGUGAGAAAGAUUCAAAAAUCCAGCGUUUCUGUGUGUGAAGUUCAGUUCAGUCUGGAAAACAGCUUCAGAUCUCUGCACACUUUAAAAUAUUCUUUUAAAAACAUGUCAAUAAAAAAUUACUUUGAUUUUAAAAGAGAUUUACUUUAUUUUUAUUUGUAAUAACAGCAAAGUUCCUGUUGAA